AGCGACAGCCGGAAAUACGUUUGCGUUCGCAGGCUAUACUCUGUGCGACGUGAGGUCCAAUAAGUUUCUGAAGUUUUACCACAACUCAUAGGCCCUCGACAGAAACGCUAUAUUGUCUAUAUUUAAAUUGAGAGCGAAUAAUAUAAUUGUGAAACAGUAUGGUUUGCCCUUACUUACCGAAGUGAAAGCUGUAACAGCAAGCAAACCGAAGCCGCGCCACGCGGAGGACACAACUGCAACGCUACACAACGCUCCAUCUGUAGUCGCCCGAGAAACUCUGAGCAAUCUGGUAUCGAAUUGAUCUGCAAAAUGGCGGUGGGAACAAAUUGUUUGUAAAGCGUGUUUGAAUACUCUUCACCGGAGAGCCCGUUUAUGAAAGAUUUCAGUGAUUUCUUAGGGCAUUCAAAGGAUUGAAAGUUGAAAAUCUCGUGGCUUAAACAUUUGUUGACUUUCAAUUUGUGAUGAACUGAUCUGGAGAUCUUGAAGAUGAGUUCGUCCGCAGCAAAGGUAGCGGAGAUUUUCACUGCUGCAGGAGAAGCUUUUUCUCAUUUAGGAGAGCUAACAAUGCAGCUUCAUCCAUUAAAUAAUGAGACUGGUAUACUGUCUCCAUCAGCAACAACAAUGAGCAACAGUGGAAAGUGGGGAGAUGAGGAAAUUGAAAUGUUAAGGGGUGCAGUGAAGAGAUUUGGAGAUGAUUUAAAGAAAAUCAGCGGACAAAUCAAGACAAAAUCUGUAGCACAAAUAAAAUCUGCAUUGAAGAAAAGGAUCCAUGAACAAGAAAACUCUUCACAAAGUGCACAGAAAACAAAGAGUAAAAUAUCACAGCAAAUAAUCUCCUCUAGUGAGCCACCAAACAAGAAAAGAAAAUCAGAAGUUUCGUCAAGCUCUCAAGCUGAUCCAUUGUCCACAUUUUCAUCACCAAUUCCAAGCACAACUGUCCCUGUAGCAGAUUUGCUUCCUGGAGGAUCACCAUUAAAGACAAAUGGAGCAGACAAUGACGUGGAUAUUGUUGGAAUUUUUGGUAGCAGUGAUCAGGAUGCUGUUUUCCCUGAAAUGCCUGGAGCAUUGGGACCACUUGAAACCCAGAUUGCAGAUGAAAUUCUGUCCACAAUGUGAAGUGAACUCUUUCAUUAUUCUUGACAGUGGCGACAAGUUCAACCAAGGCUGAAGUGCAAUGAUUUAUUUUUUCGAGCUGCAAUUGCAUUCCAGAGACUUAGUUACAGCCUGAAACACAGUAUUCAUUGAUCAGUGGUGAUGUGAUAACAUGUGAGGAGGGGGGAGGGGAGGAAUGACAUGCGACUUGAAAAAGAUAUUUUAUCUGUUUAGAACUUACAUCCCUAUUACGGCCUCUUCCUGGGUGCCUCUCUGAAUAUGCCACUUACAAAAACUUGUAUUCUCCAUGAUAAAACAGUUCUCCAUUGGCUCUCAGGCUGAGGUACUACACUGUGCCAUAAAUUAUAAUCAUGUCAUGAAUUUUAAUAGCAACCCCUCUUAGUUACUAGAACCUUUUCUGGUGGGUCAGAACCUCAAACAUCUUUUCACCUCCAAGCCAAAGUCAUUCAUGUUUGACAUUUUUGCAGAUCUACAACCUGAAAGUUACCAGGAUAACUGUAACAGUGGCCAUUUUAUACGUAAAGACAAAUGGUAAUAACAAUCAGGGCUAGUUCCAAAAAAGAAAGACUGAUACAACAAAGACCUUCCAGUUCUGCCAAGCUAUACUUGAACAAAGUAACUGUUAGUAAUACAUGCAGUAAUGGUUACUCUGUGUCAUUGAAAAUGAAGCAUUUGUCUGAGAUGCUUACUGUGAGUACUUGACAUUAAUAAAAAAUAAUAUGAGCAUUGACAGUGCAGUGUCUCCUAGACUAGCUGCUGAUCAUUGGUAAACUCACAACCUGAUUUGCGAAACAGAUACCUGUCAUUGAUAGUUAAUACUAAGAAAAUUGAUUUAUGUGUUGAAUACUUCUAGCAUGAUAGGCACUUUAGGAGACACAAUAUUGAUCAGCAGAAGAACACACAUUUUGUACAACAUGGUUAGGAAUUAUUCAAAACCCUGUCAAUAUUGCAUUUUAUUCUUUAGCCUCACUUUUCAACAAAAUUCAAGGACUGUUGGAAAAAAGAAAUUCAAGGACUUUUCAAGGAGAAAACCUGAUUUUUUUCGUGGAUUUUGCAAUUUUUCAGGACUUUUCAAGAUCUGUGUGAACCAUUAUUUUGUGUUUAAUAGAACAGCCACUGGGUUAUGCUCGAAAAACAAAGUUUAAAAUUUUUAGACUGGUUGCUUUCAGUUUUCAUCAGCUUUGAUUUAGUAGCUAAUUGCAACCUUGACCAAAAGGUUCGCAGAUUUAAGGUGGCUCUGAACCCCAUGUGCAGAAUUUUUUACAACUUUACCAAAAGUUGCAUCUUAUCCGGCUUAUCAAAAUUUGAUAAUAAAAAAGGGAUUUCACCAUGCCAUUUUUGAAAUAUAUUAAGUACUUAAAGCUAAAAUUUAGGGUGUUUUUAGCAGGUCAUACUGAACUGCCACCAGUGACAGAUAAUGUCACAAAAAUGGCAAUGUGUUUAACAAUGACUGGGCAUUUUUUGAUACCAUGAUUGUAGCAUCAACUGAUAAAGAGUAAUAAUUAUAAUGGUCCAUGAAAAUCUACAUCUUGGAAAGUGUUGGAAACUGUUUUGAGCCACCCUAAUCAGUGGCAGACCCAGACCUUAAGCUAGGGGGGAGGUGUGCAUGCCCUGCCAGCUUUUCUUCCUUCUUCUUUCUUUUUUAUACUCAAAAUAAAGGGGACCCUGGUGCAGUUGUUGGCUAGCUUUGAAAUCAUGAAAAAGGACAGGUUGGUAGAACUUGCUUAUGCACUCAUCAAAAUCAAUGCCAGUCAAAAUGAAAUUGUUGUAAAGAGGAGCAAACUUUCAAAGAAUGACUUUGUUACAUGUACAACAUUUUUUUAAUUUGUGAAUAAAAUAGCUUCAUUGUA